AUGAAAAAGAUUACUAAAACUUAAGUAAGUAAUAAGUAAAAACAAAUUGAUAAUUUCCAUACUAAAAAAACAACAGAAAUUCAAUAAGAAUCUAUGAUAUAAAGUGGUAGAGAUUCGACUAAACAAUCAUUUCGUAGUUCUCAAAGCCCAUCUUAACACAGUUCUUCUAGUAUAGUAAAUAGAGAAUUCAUAUAUGAUGAAUAGUAUAGUCAAUUAAUCUUUGGAUAAAGUUGCAAGUGUUCCUGGGAUAAAGAAUCACUUUGAUUAUAAGCAUACAUAUUGACUACAUGAUUAGGAAUUAGAUGAAUCUCAAUAGAAAAUUUAAGAAAAUGUGAAUAAAUUUACUCAUAUCAUCUAUAAUCAAGAUUGUGAAUAUAGAUAAACAUGUAAUACGAUACCCAUUUUUGCUUGUUGUUAUAAG